AUGGGACAACAUGUAUCAGUCACUAUACCUAGAUGGAUUGAUGUCAAUGGAGUCAAAAACUUCCGUGAUAUUGGUGGAUGGCCUUUAAAAGAUGGUUCUGGUUAUAUUCGUGAAAGGAUCGUAUUCAGAUGCGGGCAUCUGGUGAAUAUUACUCAAGAGGGGAUCAAUACAUUGAAACGCCUUAAUGUCAUCGCAGCAUUUGAUUUUCGUUCUGAUCCAGAAAUUGAACGUCAAGGCAUGGCUCCUGAAAUUCCUGGAUUGACUCGAUAUGCUUCAGCUAUGUUUUCCAAGGCUGAUUAUUCACCUGCUGCCUUGGCUUCACGAUGGAAAGGUUAUUUUGAAGGUCCACUAGGUUUUCCCAAGGUGUAUAAUAUUAUUCUCGAAAAAGCCAAGGAACAGUAUCGUAAAAUCUUUUUGCAUAUGUUGGAACACCAUUCAAAUGAAUCUACAAAAUCAUUGAUUAUCCAUUGUACAGCUGGAAAGGAUCGAACUGGGGUAUUUGUUAUGCUUUUACUUGGUCUGUGCGGAGUGGAUGAAGAAAUCAUUUCCCAAGAAUAUGCUUUAAGUAAUCUUGGAUAUUGGGAAUCUGAAGAAGAAUUGGAAAAGAAAUCGAUCUUAAUAGGAACAAGUAUUGAAAAUAUGCGAAUGGUGAUGUCAGCUCCGUAA